UCUUUUGUGAGUUUACAUAUAUCUCUCUCUCUCAUGCACACCUGUUAUUCGUUGAUUAUUUGCAUCUUCCAUUCUGGUGCAAUUUGCCUUAGAAUUUGUAAAUAAAUUUUCCAGAAAUUAAUGAAUGCAUGAAGGGGUAGAAUUGCAGGUGUGGUUCCUGUAAAAUGCUGAUGAAAGGAGAUACAAAUACUCAAACUCGAGAUCUUAUAACUCGAAAUGGCAUCAAGAAAGUCAGUUUCAUUUCAUCUGAGGAAGAAUCCAUCCAUAAAGUCGUGCUUUCCGGAAACAAAAUCCGGGGAGGGCUCAGAAAUCAACAGGUUUCCACAUCAUUCGAAGGCACAUUCAUAUGAUGUUAGUGACAAAUUCAAUUCUGUGAAAGAUAUUUUGUCAGAUAACUCCAAUCCUUUUUCUGCAAUAAAUGUAGAACCUUCAUCUUCUUCUCCACUUGUAUUAUACAACAAUGUUUUGUUCAGCAGUUUACCUGCUAACUUAAAUAACCAUUCCCGUAUCCCGCUUUCCGAUAUCCGAAACCUCAAUCUUCGUCGAAAACUCUCUGUUCUACCUCGACCCAAACAAAAGAUUGAUCCAAAUGCUAAAGCAGAUCAACUACCACCUGUUUUUCUCACUCCCAGCCAACUGCAACCUGAAGAAUUGCCAGUCAUGGCAGGAGAGGCAAAGCACAGGCAUGUACCUUUAUAUAUAGCUGCAUUAAAAGGUGACUGGAAAACGGCUAAAAAUUUCCUGCGAUGGUAUCCACAUGCUGUUCGUGCAACUAUUACAAGGGGAUCGGAAACUGUUCUUCACAUUGCAGCGGGGGCGAGGCAUACACAGUUUGUCAAGAAACUAGUGAAGAAGAUGACACCGGAAGACUUGGCCCUGCAGAACAAAGUUGGGAACACUGCCCUGUGUUUUGCUGCUGUUUCGGGAAUCACGGAAAUAGCAAAGGUGUUGGUUAACAAGAACAGACAUUUGCCAUCAAUUAGAGGUAGCCAAGGAGCUUCACCUCUCUAUAUGGCUGCACUUUUGGGAAGAAGGGAUAUGGUUUGGUAUCUCUAUUCCGUAACAGACGAUAGACAUCUUUCUGGAGAGGAUCGCAUUGGCCUUCUUGUUGCUGCUAUCACCUCCAAUUUAUUUGAGUUAGCACUGGAAUUACUACGAAACCAUCCUGAACUAGCAAUGGCUCGAGAUGGGAAUGGAGAGACAGCUCUACAUGUAUUGUCCAGAAAACCAACUGCAUUCUACAGUGGAACUAAACUGGGACUACUGCAGAGAUGCAUAUAUUCAUGUCUCCAAGUGCAUCUACCAUAUGAAUCUUCUCUUAUGAUGAAUGAUGAUCACUUUGUCCAUUGGACCGUUAAAGCUUUAUCUACAACAAAAGUUAUUCUGUGGAAAUCCCUUGCUUCCCUAUUUCCCGACGUUAUCCAGGUCUAUAACAUCAAGUUGAGGCAUGUUCAAGCCCUUCAGCUAGUAAGGCAACUUUGGCAACAGACAUUGAGUCUAGAUGAGGCGUGUUUUAAGGAAUUAAUUAGAACGCCAAGAAGAUUACUCUUCACAGCUGCAGAAUGCGGGAUUGUAGAGUUCAUAAGUAUACUUAUCCGGGCACAUCCCGAUCUUAUAUGGAAGGUUGAUGAGCAAUCCAGAAGCAUUUUUCAUACAGCAGUUGUACAUAGACAGGAAAAAGUUUUUAAACUCAUACACGAGCUAGGAGCACUUAAAGAUUUUAUAGCUAUUUAUAAAGACGAGAGGAACAAUAACAUGUUGCACCUGGCUGGAAAUUUACCUCAUCCAAGUCGGCUCAACACUGACUCUGGUUCAGCUUUGCAAUUGCGACGAGAACUGAUAUGGUUCAAGGAAGUGGAGAAGAUUGUCCAGCCCCUGUAUACAGAGAUGAAAAACAGUGAGGGGAUAACACCAGGGGAUCUAUUUUCAAUGGAACACAAACAAUUGAAACGGGACGGAGAGAAAUGGCUGAAGGAAACUGCUUCUUCAUGCAUGCUUGUUGCGACACUGAUUACCACUGUGAUGUUUUCUGCUGCCUUUACCAUACCGGGAGGAAUCAACGAGAAAACAGGCAAGCCAAUUUUGCUUCACACAAGAUCGUUCAUGGUUUUCGUCAUAUCAGAUGCGCUUGCAAUGUUCUCCUCAUCUACAUCAAUUCUGAUAUUUCUUUCCAUUUUGACUUCACGUUACGCCGAAGAAGAUUUCCUUCAAUCUCUACCGAACAAACUAAUCAUGGGACUCGCAACACUUUUCAUCUCUCUAACGAGUAUGAUGGUAGCUUUUAGUGUCACACUUUUUCUGGUUCUUCGUCAUCAACUGGAAUGGGCUUCUAUUCCGAUCAUCAUAGUUGCUUGCAUCCCUGUCUUAUUGUUUGCUUCCCUGCAGUUUCCUCUAGUUGUUGACAUCAUAAGCCACACAUACACUACCUUUCUUUCAAAAAAUCAUCUGCUGAGCUAACUAACUAACCAAGCACCACCAAAUAUCAUGCCGAAUUCAAACAUCCAGCUGAAUAACAAUCAAGACUAGAUUGGAUGAAGAACCGGGUCAGAAUAGCAACCGAUUUUGUAAAAAAAAACUGUAUAUGGUUCAUAUAUAGCUUAGCAGAUAACAUAUACAGCAAUUUUGGAGAUCUCCGAAUACCGGUAUUUGGAGUUUCACUCAUAAGAAAUUCUUUUUUUAUUUGAA